AUGAUUUCCCCGGAUUCGUCUCAACCGACCGAUCGGUCAGCAUUGUUUGCUAAACAACCUAUUCUGUUACACGAAGCCUCUGCUGCAACGGCUUCGAGUAACAAUGAAAUUUCUUCGGUGCCUUCAGUGAGCUCUGGAGAAGAGAAUGUUUGCUCUCCACUAUCCUUGAAUGGAGAAUUCUCACCGAGUAUAAAGGAUGAAGCGAUUCACCAAUGUUACCCCGGGGCUCCACAGCCGCUUCCGUCGCUUCAGAUACGAACAGACCUGCCGUGCACAACGCAACUGAGCCCGUCGAAAGAAUCUGACCCUUUCAUGCAUCACAGCCUCUCAUCGAGCAGCCUUCCGCGAAGAACAUCGAGUUUGCGUGGCUUUCUCGAAAGGCCUUCCUCCGGAGGAGGUUCCCUGUCUCCAGCAUCGUUACUGUCGUCGCCACAGCUGAUGGCCAUGGGAGACAUCACUCCCUUGCCUUCGCCGAUUGGUGGCGUCUCGCCAUGGAAAAUACCGCGCCGCAAUUCACAAUCUUUAUCGCGGACUCCAUCCCUCCUUUCGCGGAACGGCUCGAGCCUGAGCUUGCGUUUAAGUGACUCAUCUCAAGUGUUGGGGCCCUCGGAAUGCCGAUCGCGCAGCAAGCAACGUGGCAUGGCGGAGAUGUUGGGUGCUGACAAGCAUCUAGAGACACCUAGCAAGCCACGCCUCGAUGGAGCUCCGAAGCAUGCUCGUAAUCGUAGCCUUAGUGAGUAUGUCCCUCCGACGAAGGCCAUUCCGAUCAAGCCGCGUCCAAUCGCAGUUUCGGGAUCGGGUGUGUCUCAAGGGAUUUUUUCAUCGUCAAGUACCGACUCGAAAUCAAACAACUUGCACCGGGAACAACACCUGGCAAUUCAUCGCGGCAUCGCGUUACCUGCGGUCCGUCCUCCGACACCUCCAAGAAGUAGUCGCAGUACAUCUGAUGGUGAUGUGGAGCCUGUCAUUCUCAGUCCAAAAUCCAUGGAUGGCUCGGAUGAAAUAUACUCGGUACGUUCCAUUAGGUCCCAGCAGCCGCGCAAGUAUCGCAAACUGCGCGAGCUCGGAGAGGGCACAUUCAGUCAAGUAUGUCUAGCAGUACGCAUGGAGCUGCGGGAUAUGGAAUCUGGUUACAGUUCGAGCCUCCAAGGGGUGAAUGCCGCUACGCAAAAGCUUGUCGCUGUUAAGGUCAUUGAGCAUGGCCCAGCGGGUGGAGCCGAUGAGGAACGAUUGGAGGUAUCACUCAAGCGGGAAGUGGACAUCUUGAAAUCGGUCAACCAUCCUUCCCUUGUGCAACUGAAAGCGUUUGGAAGCGACGAAAAGCGCGCUCUUUUGGUUUUGGACUACUGCCCGGGAGGUGACCUGUUCGACGUCGCAACCUCUGGGCCGAGGCCCAUGAGCCCAGAGCUGAUUCGACGGAUUUUCUCUGAGUUGGUGGCUGCCGUGCGCUACCUCCACGCCAACUUCAUAGUCCAUCGCGACAUUAAACUUGAGAAUGUCCUAGUUACUCUUCCUCCCGCUGCUAUGGAGGAGAUAACUGACUGGCGUACAUACGAUCGCGCGGUCGUUACCCUUACCGACCUGGGCCUAUCCAGACGAAUUCCGCAACCUCCGGAGAGCCCGCUCCUCCAAACCCGAUGUGGCAGCGAGGAUUAUGCCGCUCCGGAGAUUCUGAUGGGACAGCCCUAUGAUGGGCGGUCCACCGAUGGCUGGGCCCUUGGCGUCUUGCUCUAUGCGAUGAUGGAAAACAGAUUACCGUUCGAUGCUUUGCCGGGUACUCGAGGCGACCCGGCGAAACUCCGUGCUCGUACCCCACACCGCAUUGCGCGAUGUGAGUGGUCAUGGUAUCGGUAUGCCGACAAUGACGGUGAAUGGGAUCCCCAGAAGGGGAAAGAUCUAGAGGGGGCCCGUGAGUGCGUUGAAGGGCUCCUAAAGCGGAAUACUAAACGCAAAAGCUUGGAUGAGAUCGCAUCUAUCGAGUGGGUUGCGAAAGCGAUCGACGUACCGAGUGGGUUGAAGAGAGGUGACAAAGAGGUACCAUAG